CAGGAACCAGUCAAUGUCAACAAAUAUAACCUUGUGUCUCAGUGCAAAUUAGGUGUAUUGUUUUCUUAUGUUUAAUUAAUUAUUUUUGCAUUUCAACUUAUCCAGCGCCCCGCAAUUACCUAAAAUGAAAUUUCGGUUCAAUGGCGAUGCUGACUGCCCUGACUGGAUUUUGUCGGAAAUAUAUACAUUGUCUCGGCUGUCUUCAGUUAAGCUGAAACUAUUGGGGCAAAUAGUUUGUCAAGGGAUAAUUUCGCCCCCAAUUCAGGUUGAGAAGGUUGAGAAACUCUUUGCGGACUCUAAGCUAGAUGCUGAUAUCGAUUUGAAGUCAUGUAUAGCUUGUGUAAGCUACUUGCUCUCAUCAGCAACCCGGUUCAAUUGCGACAACAAUUCUCUCCAAUCCGAACUUCAGCAGUUAGGUUUACCUCGAGAGCACAGCGUGGCAUUAAAAAGGGUUUUUGAUCAAUACAUUGAAAGUUUAUCAGCGUCAUUCAGGCAAAAGUCAUUGAAAGUGAAACCCCUGGAAUCAGCGGCAGCAGUUACAGACUCGCAACAUCAAUAUGUGACGCUCCAGCUGGAAAUAGAUGGUGGGAUUAACAAAUCAGCGAUAUUUCCCCUGAGCAAAGUUGAUGAUCUAUUGAAGGAGCUGGAACAGAUUAAAAAGGUUAUGAUUGAAUUGAAGGAAGCUCUGUGAUAAAUGGGUACUCAGUAAGAGCCCUUUUACAAGAGGAUACUUUUACCCGGCAACUAUUGCUUCGGAUACUCGUUUAACAUACAGCCUUAUGGAACCAUACACACGGGGAUACUUUUUACAAUCAGUUUCGGCAACUGAAUUUCGAUCAGCCGUGAGUUCCAGUCGCUCUGGCAAUUUUACGACUUCCGGGGUCGAUUUUCUAUGGGCCUUUAUGGACCUAUGGACUUGUUAAUUAUGAUAACCUGGCUUCUACUUUGCUGUCUUGCUACAAGUCUGCGAUGAGUAUCCCGCAAUCAGCGUGCAACUGUAUCCUCGUGUAAAAAAGCUCUAAAACCACUGUUUUGUGUCUUGUUGCUUUUCGGUCCCGUUGAAGAGUUUAGAUUUUUAAACGAACUAUUUAAGUAUAGUAAACUAAAUGAGUCCCAUGUUGUAUUAAAUAAAUUGUAUGGUUUUAUAAAGUUAUGUGUAUUAAAUAAAAUUGGAUAGAAUAAUAUCUACCAGCAAA